AUGAAGGUGUUCUCCAUAACAGAUAUUCCUGAGUUUUCUAAAAAAGAGCGUAUUGUAGUGGUUGGUGUAAUUGGAAAAUCGCCUUAUCGGUAUCCAAACAAAACAACACCGCUUUUGCCGUCUGUACAAUCUAAGGAAAACGGUAUAGAAUGUCAUUGGGAUGAGCGUCGUAGCGUUCUCUAUCUCCACGCGUUAACAUAUCUCGACACUGUACGGCUAGCAGAGCUGGCAGCUAACCUCGACGAGGAUUCAAAGACUGCGGAAACAGAUGCGGAUGCAGCAAAUUGGCUUGUUGCCUCUGGUGAACUGGCCACGGAGUCCUGCCGCGCUAUAGCACUUCUAUUCCAUUUAUGUCAUAUUGUGGUGUUGUCUUCUCCAACACCUGUGUUUGAUAUUGGAUAUUUGCAGCUAUUUAAAGCUAUUGAUGCUUUUCGGAUGGAACUAUCCCCACAUACCACAGAAGCAGUGUCCUCACUUGGUGGUGUGUGGGAGAGUCACAGCCGUUCCUGCUGCCCCCGUCUGUUGUUCCACUUCCGCAAAGUUCCCACUCCGCUUAAACGGAACCCAUCAGGGCUAAAGAGACUUGAGCAUGCUGUUGAAGACCAGCUUUACUUCAUAUUAAGAAAAGCCAGGAUUAUUACUAAUGUUUGUGCCAAAUCCCUCUUCGCGAUACCAAAGAAUGAGGAAUUCGUCUACAUAAGUACAGACGAUGAAAUAGGUAAUGCACGUGACGUGAGUUCGCUGGUUCGUGGCUUGGUACAACUCUGCUCAGGAAGCGAACCUGAACCUGUUAGUGAACGACCAGGGUUCAAGCAGUUCCUGCAGGGGCACAUUGAUAUUGCUUUUGGUGAAGGUUUUGAUGAUAAUGUUGGGAAGUAUGCAAUGAGUACUUCAUUUUUUGAGCUGCCCAGAGCUUCAACAUGGCGAAAAGCGGCGCAGGCUAUCACACCUCUAUACCUGGACGAGACAGCGCGGCCUGCAGACGACGAAACAGACCCUGGUGCGGCGUUGUAUGACGCGCUGUCUACAGAUGUGCGUUUCUCGCAAGCCAGAUGUGCCAAGGUCUUACCUAUGGCACAAGCGUCGUAUGCUGAAGGUCUGCCAGCGCAUUAUUCUAGUCAGCAUCAUGCUCAUAAGGUGGGCGUGGCGCUGGGCGUGCUGGAGACGAUGGCGCGGGGCCCGCUGGCCCGCAGCGCGCGCGCGCGCCUCCGCGCCGCCUGCGCCGCCACCUGGCGCGCGCGCAGCCUCUGCGAGGCGCUCUCGCUCACGCACCACCCCUGCAUCGAGCCCGACCAUGACAACACCAAAGAGCACUCCUCCGGCGUUCGGUACAUAAGCGCGUGCAAUUGCGGCCGCACCAAAUGCUCCCGCGACGAUCCCUACACCGUGCGUCGCGCCAACCACACUUUCUACACGCAAGCUGCUGAAGAGUGUGGCGUCUGCCCUACAUUGCAGACCAUCGAGUUCCCUGUCUUCCAGCCGUCCACUCCCACGUACAGAGCUGCAUCAGUAAAAGGCGCGGCAAGUCAGGAGGAAAAAGAACUUUCAGAGGCCAGAGGCUCCGGCGGUGACACGCCUUCGGGCGAAGGAGGCGAGGGCUGGUCUCCUGAUGCUCUGUCUCCAGGAUCUGCGGCUGACGAUGAUGAGAAGACGCCUGCUGAUGAGAACAGAUACGUUGUGCCUGUUAGAGGAGAUUGUUCCACAGAUAAAGUUAUGACAAGACAACCUUCAACGACCGAGUACCUCCCCGGUAUGCUACACACGGCAAGUCCACCUGGUCUACUCCCUGCCUUUCCCUCGUGGAGCCUGGUCUGUCUCGGACCAUCAUCCCUCUACUCGCAUAGUCUAGGUUUACCCGAGCAUCUGCAACCUGGAUUCUUGCCACAUACUAAUUAUUUGCUACCUUGGGACUGCGCUGCACGCAUAGAGCAGGCUAGCGCUUGGCGCACGACGCCCGCUGGACGAGGCCGCGGCAAGCCAGCACCGCACCAUCUUACCGUCAAGAUCUUCAUUGGCUUCGAAUACGAAUGCCCAAGAGGCCACAGGUUGAUGAUGUCGUCGCCCGACUCGGUGGUGUCGGGCGGCGGCAGCACCAGCACCCGCGAGGGCGGCGCCGGCGCACGCCUGGCCGCCAGCGACAUGCCGCUGUACGCCACGUGCCUGUGCCGCGCCGCGAGCCCCAUGUUGGCGCAGCUCACGCGCCUGCACGUCGUCACCCCCAAGGCGCCGGUGCACGUCACCCUGGACCCGAGGGCACAACCAGUCGCAGGAGGCCCCAUUUUCGUGCCUCAGCCGUCAGGUUCCCCUGCGAUCAAACUCUCCGCUUCAGCAUACUGGGUGCUGCGACUACCAUAUAUGUAUUGUGAUGAAAGGGGGACCCUACCGAGACCCCGGUCCCCCCCGGCCUUGGCUCAUGCAGGGGCCCUACUAGCACCCGUCUUUGGACUACAGGACUGAUGUCAGCUUACGAGAAUUUUCACAAGAUCUGACCUGCAUAAUUAUUAAAUUGUGUUACAUUUGCCAUAAUGUGUUCUGUGACAAAAGAGGGUGAUAUAGGGGGCCCCGUGUGGUUGUCAGGUCUUCCAUACAUUGACUGAGAUGUGAGGGGGACCCUACUAAGUAAAGAUUACUGAGGGUUACCUCAUAGUGGUAGCUUUUAAGGAAGAUACUACAAGCUCCAUAAAGUAAGGUAGCACCUUGGCUUAUACGCUGAAGUAGAUGAGAAAGGAUAUAUAUUUUUAACAAUGAUUAGAUUAUCAUAUAUGAUCUCCGCGCUUUAAACAACAGAGGGCGUGCCAAAAUAUCGGACAUACAUGGGUUUAUCUUUGAACUUUUAUCAAUUGUGUACAACACAAUAUAAAGUGGAGUUUACUCUUAAGUUCGAUGUGCUAGGUAUGAGUUAACUGAUGAAUGGUAUAUAAUUUGCGGUUGAUUGUACCGAACCCUAGUGUAUACGUACUAUUUGUGAUUAUUGUUGUAAACAA